AUGCCUCUUCUUGAAGCUCUUGAGCAAAUCCUAGGCUAUGAAAAAUUUGUGAAGUAUUUUGUGACAAAGAAGAGAUCUGUCAGUUAUGAGGAUAUUGGUGGUUCGCAGUAUUGUAGUGUGAUUACAUCUCGGUCUCUUGUGCAAAACAAAAGUGACCCUGGUGCUUUCAUAAUUCCUUGUAUCAUUGGGUCAUCUAGAUUUGUCAGAGCUUUCUGUGACAUGGGUACAAUCAUUAACAUGAUGUUGCUAGCAGUGUUUAAGCAAUUAGGCUUGAAACCUUCUGAACCAAUAAUGAUGCAGUUAUUGAUAAAAGAUCACACGGUGAAAAAGCCUGGGGGCAUAUUGUUUGAUAUUUUGGUAAAGGUUGAUGAUUUUAUAUUUCUAGCUAAUUUUACUGUCUUGAAUUGUGAUAUUGAUUUUGAGAUGCCCAUAAUUUUAGAGAGAUCAUUUUUUGCCAUGCGUAGAGAACUGUUGGAUAUUGAAAGAGGUGACCUUAAGUUGAGGUUGAAUAAUAAGGAAGUCACAUUCAAUGUUUGCAAAACUAUGAAGCAACCGACUGGCACGAGAGUGGUUUCAAAAAUAAAGUAUGUUGAUGACCCUGUAAGCCAAACCUAUGGAUACCUUGAUGAGUCUGAGUAA